AUGCGCGGGAGUGGUGGCGCCUGCGCACAGGUGCGUGCGCGCGCCUGCCCGGUGCGGGCGGCUGCAAGGGAGGCGAGGCCCCGCUGUAUGAUACCGCUGUUGUGUUGCUCGGAGCGGUCAGGGUCCGGAGCUAAAUCCCCGUGUCGGUCGCCAGUCGUCAGCGUACACUUGCUUAAGCGACCGUGGUCGCUUCAACGGUCAACGCGCUCUACACUGCAGGUUCCAUGGUGCGAAAGUAGCACUGAAAUGACAAAAGAAGAUUCUGUCGAACCUUCCAAUGAUGAGGACUCCAUAAGUGGAAAUUAUAGCACUAUAUCCUCAGAUUCUGAGAGACCAGUUGUACAUCCAGUAGUUUCAGCACCUAUGCCUACAGAUUGUGAAUUUUCCUUCUUUGAUCCACAAGACCCAGCAUGCAGGCAAAUCCUACAUGAUCCUAAAACAACCGUGCCAGAAUUGUUCGCUAUCCUGCGUCAAUGGGUUCCACAAGUUCAGCAGCAUAUUGAUAUGAUUGGAAAUGAGAUUCUGAAUCGAGGAUGUCAUGUGAAUGACAGAGAUGGUUUGACAGAUAUGACUCUUCUACAUUACACCUGCAAAGCUGGGGCUCAAGGAAUUGGAGAUGCAGAAGUUGCAGCCAAGUUUGCUUUAGAGUUGAUUGAGAUGGGAGCAGAUGUAAAAAUUCGAAGCCGAUGGACUAACAUGAAUGCAUUGCAUUAUGCUGCAUAUUUUGAUGUUCCUGAACUAAUAAGAAUAAUUUUGAAGGGGGCAAAUGCUGGAGAAGUAGAUGCCACCUGCAGUGACUUCAAUUUUGGAACACCUUUACACAUUGCAGCAUCAAAUCUUUGCUUGUCAGCUGUGAAAUGUUUAUUGGAACAUGGAGCCAACCCUGUAUUUAGGAAUGAUAAAGGGGAGAUGCCAGCAGACAUUGUCCCUGAUCCUUUGGACAUGCCCCUGGAUAUGGCAGAAGCAGCAGCAAUUGCCAAAGAAUUAAAGCAGAUGCUUCUGGAUGCAUUACCACUGACCUGUGACAUAUCAAAGUCGAUGCUGACAAACUAUGAUCACAUCUCAGGGAAGGCACUACUGAAGUCACUGGGCCUGAAGCUGGGAGAGAGAGUGAUGAUUGGAGGGCAGAAGGUUGGAACAUUACGAUUUUGUGGUACCACUGAAUUUGCCAGUGGCCAGUGGGCAGGGAUUGAGCUGGAUGAACCUGAAGGGAAGAAUGAUGGAAGUAUCUGUGGCAUUCAGUACUUCAGCUGCCCUGUGAAAUAUGGAAUUUUUGCACCACUCUCCAAGGUUAGCAAAGUAUCUACAGAAAAAAAGAGAUUAACCAGGACUUCAUCACAUAAAACACCAACUCCUCUCCGAUCUCAGAAAAUAGACUUGUCACGUGUCACAUCUAAGGUGAACACAGGUCUACCUCCUUCCAAAAAGUAUGUUCCAAAACCCCCUAUUCCCACUCAAGACAUUGCCAAACCUCAGACAGGAAUGGAAGCUUCUCUGCCUGGGACAUCCUGCUCUUCCUCUUCCUCUUCCUCUUCAAUAGAGGGCAGGCAAUUCAGACAAAGGCAGCUGCUCCCACGACAACGGAACAUGACCCAUUCAACGAAGUUGGCUACUAAACCAGUACCCGCCAUCACCAAAAAGAAUGCAGGUUUGCGGAAGAGGGUUCCAUCUGUUGGCAGCCUGGACUGCGAUGAGACUAGUAAGGCUGAUAUUCAAAUCGGUGACCGUGUGGUUGUUGUUGGGCAAAGGAGUGGAACUGUGCGGUUCUACGGGAAGACUAAUUUUGCACCAGGUUAUUGGUAUGGGAUUGAGUUGGAUAAACCAAAUGGCAGAAACAAUGGCUCUGUAGGGGGCGUGCAAUAUUUCACCUGUCAACCAAAGCAUGGGGUGUUUGCUCCUCCAUCAAGAGUUCAGAGGGCAACAGAGGCAUUGGAUUCCUUCUCAGAUAUUCCAACCAGCAGAUUCAAUCAAUCAGUUAUAGGUUUCCAUCGAAGUUACAGCACCCCAUCUGCUUUUCCAUCGCCAGGGGAGAUAAAACGAAAAAACUCUUCAAACAGGCCAAAAAAUCAAACCAUGAGGCGAAGUUGGAGCAGCACAAGUACCACCGAGGGAAAUGUGAAGUUACAUGAAGGGUCACAGGUCCUACUGAGCAGCUCCAGUGAAAUGGCAAUCAUUAGAUACAUUGGACCUACUGACUUUGCUCCGGGAGUAUGGCUUGGAUUGGAACUGCGUUCACCGAAAGGAAAAAAUGAUGGCUCUGUGGGAGAAAAACGUUAUUUUACUUGUAAACCAAAUUAUGGAGUUCUGGUACGACCAAGCCGUGUAACUUACCGAGGCAUUAAUGGCACAAAACUAGUGGAUGAUAUUUAGUGGUAAAUGUUUUGUUUUCAGCAAGGUAAGGAGAUUGUCGGAAACUGUGAAUUCAACGUAUGCAUCUAAGUCUGGAAUUUUCUGUCUAUUUGCACACAAGUUAGUCAUAGUAUGGGUGCAGACAAAUUCAACAAUUUGUUAGUCACAAAGAUAAGCAGAGUUUGCCUAAGUUUCCUUGAUCCUCCUAGAUUUUCUUGCAAAUCAGACAUUUGGGCACACCAUUAAACCUAGACAGUAUGGUAGUACUAAACCUGUUACGUAGUUCCAUCAGCACUUGUAUUCUGCCUAUGAAAUUUAUUUGACUUUAGCUUUACUAAUGAGACAUUAAUUUACAGGCAAGUGGCCCAAUAAUUGCAAAUUUUUGAGCAAUUUUUCCUGCUUAUCCUCACUUAGACAUACUUUAUAUUUUCUGUUUUGAUGUGAGUUGAUGCUGUAGGAAUGCUGCACCACGCUAUUCUUCUUCCAGAAAACAGUGCUAACAUAACAAGGAUGUCAUCACCUCUUAGCAUUUGAGCACAAACACAUUCAUUUUACUGUAAAAAUAUUUCCUGUUUGGUAGAUUUUAUUCCUAAAAAUGUACAGAAUUUCAUACAUAGCAAUAGGUUUUCAAUCCAUCUCACUCAUUUUGAUCAUAUAUCUCACUCACGUUACCUUGAAGGUGACUGCUCUGCAAGAGAGAUUUACAAGUACGAUACCAUAACUGAGAGGUUAUAACUAUCAAAAAAGAUUGAACAUCUUGGGACUCUUCUUCAGAUAUGACAAGCUGAAGGAUGGCUGAAUGGAGGUCAUUACAAUUAUGAAAGGAUUUCAUAGUGCAGAGGUGGAGAUUAUAAUCCAUCUGUGAGGAACUCUAAAACCAGGAGUUAUAAAUAUAAAUUAAGUAUUAAAUUAAAAAAGAUACUAAAUUAAAAAACAGAUUUUUAAAAAUCCAGGUAUUUGUUAGAAUGGGAAACUUGCUUCUGCUUGGUAUAGCUGAGCUGGGAACAUAAGACUUUAAGAACAUAAGAAGUUAGCUAAGUACAUGGAGGAGAAAGGAAUGGAUGGACACCUGUUCUGGAGUGGAUGAAACUCAUGAUGGGUAGAAGAUCAUGCACACCAACAUAGAACCGUAGCCAAGUUUUGUCUUGUGAGUUCUGUAUAUUUCUAUAUAGUGGCUUUUGGCACAAAAUACAUUAUUGGUCAUUCAUCUCUUAAAAAUUAUUUGGCCCUUCUGCUAUAUAAAGGCCACUCUAUACUUUAUUCCCACUACUUGUCUUUUACAUAUCAUUUGGUACAGUUACCAAAUGAAAUUCUAUCACUCUUAAACUUGGAAAUUUCAAAUAACAUGCCAUUCUGCAGAGUGAAUUCUAAAUUUCCUUUAUCCUCUAUGCGAACAAAUAAUUCUGAUCUCAUUGCUAACUGAAUGAAUUCUAAUAGUAAAAUUAUACCCUUUGCUCUGGUACCCCCUACAAGAUGAAGUAGUCUUACCAUUGAUUCUGUAGAAUCGCUUUCAUGUUGUAAAAUAUUCAAUUGCAUUAUCUCUUAACCUUCUAGCCUCAGGACAAUGCCAGUCAAGUUAAUGCAUGUUGGUCCAUAAUUUAACCCUUUAAGCAUUGAUAUAGGUCAGGUGAAUCUUGCAUAAGAUAUAUAGUUUCUUAAAGUGCAGGUUAUCAAAACAGGCUUUUCUGGCUAAUGAACAAGAAUAAUAGCUUAAUGAACAGAAAAACUUGCAUCUUAAGUGUCAAAAGAAAAAUAUACUCAGUGUUAAUUAAGCUCAGCUUAUAUUCAUUUUAAUGAAUUUGGGAGACUUCUUGGGCAUAAUUUUUCACCAGCAAAAUACUAUGGCUAUCAGACUUGUUGCAGUUUUAGAAUCUGCUUCAGGUUACAUCCAAAAGGGAAACUCCAGACUUGUGAUUCUAGCAGAAAACCGAAAUAGGUGUGAUGGAAAUAUGGGAUAAAGUUUUAUAAUGCUGUUAGCAUGAAUAUGUCUUCAAUAAUCCAUGCAGUUUGGCACACUUUUAAUUAAGAUAAUGCUCCAGCUUUUACCUGAUUAUCAGUUUUGGAUUUGUGUAUAGAAAAGUAAUUGCAUUACAGAUUACAUUUUAACAUCUGUUGCCUCUUUAUAUGUAAGUGCCAUAGAGUAUCUAUCGGGUGCAAUGAAUGAAAAAGUAAAUCAAAGCACAAAAUGUGAUGUUGCGGUUAGGCCAAUAAGGUUAUUUUUGUUCCCUCUAACACUUCUAGCCAUCCAUAUUUGUGCAAGCAAAGCCAAUGCACUGUUUUAUUGCUAAUUGCUCACUUACAGCAACAUGCUUGGUUCAAAACUGAAGUUAUAACAGUUAAACUAACCACAUAUAUUUUUAUCUUCGCCUCUAGACCCACCACAAAAAAGACCAUUUUAUUUUAUGAAAGAGUAAUUCAAACUUAGAACAAGACAGAAAGAAAUGUGAUGCACUUUGAGACUUUUAUAUAAUAUAUGUUAUAUUUAGAGCAUUUUUCAAAGAGAAACGUUGAUAUUUUUGAAUAUAACUGUUAUAGUAUGCCGUGUUUCAUAGUGUUGUUGUAUUUCAUAGUUUCGAAGAAGCUGCCUAAUGGGAAUGUACUUGUCUAGUUUAUUUAUUCCUGUAAGCAAACAGCAUAAAAGGUAUUGUAUUAACAGAAAAUAUUUGAAACAAUUAGGAAUUCAGGCAACAUCUGUGGAGAAGGAGAAAAGAGUCAUUUCAAGAGUUGUUUCAGGUCAAUGGCCUUUUUAACCAAUAAAUAAUGUGAUCUGAUCUAAAUUAGCAGUGCCACUUCCUGCAAGUGACAAAGCUGAAGUCAAUGACCCAUUAUUACCACUGAGCUUUGAGAGGGAGGAAAAUUGACUCAGCUGUGAUGCAUUUGCUUUACGGGCUAUUAGCAGCAGCCGCAUUGUCAGCCUCACCAGGUAAGCAAGUUAGCAAGAUUCCCUGAAGAGAUAAUUUUAAACUUUCCACUUAGCAAUGGGUUGACAAUGGUAUAAAUACUGUAUUUACUGGCUCCCUUUUCUGUCUAUGGUCAGGUUGAAAUUAACUUUUAUAAACAAUUUCACAGAAACUUAAUAUAAACAACUUUGUGUUUGUGCAGCUUUAUUGACUUUUAUUUUAUCUUCUUCUUUUAUUCUGGUAGUUAAUCUGGUAGGAAAUCUAACAGGUGAUAGUAGAAUUAUUUUGGAUAUGUACCAUGAAUUGCACAUUCAUUUUUGUUGCUUGGUUUAACAAGUAGUCAUGACUAUUUGCUAACACCAGCUUCAUUUUUAGUACUAAUUGCUUUUAUACUGCUGCCAGAAAUAGCAUUACUGUUGGAAUAGUGAUACAGUGGAUUCUGGUUAGUUGGGCCAUUGGUUAAUUGGGGCAGCUGCUUAUUAGGGACAACUCUUAAAGAACAAAAACUAAUUGAGAAAAUAGUUGGGAUUCCCUUCUACUUAUUUGGAACAUUAUGCCACUUAAUUGGGGCAGGAGACGGUUGUUGAACAGUUUUUAAAUACCAUCAGUUACGUGUGUUUGUGUUCAAAGAUCAAAAAUUUAAGUCAAAAGAACGCAGCAGUGUAGUCUGGAUGAGUUCCUCUGUCAAUAACUAAUAGGAACUAAUACAAAGUUUUAUAGUACUAAAUUGGUUAGUGACUGGAAUCAGAAAUAUAAUGGUACUUAAUUUGCUAUUUCAAUAUAAUUAAUUUAUUAUUAAAAGAAUUGACCUUUAAAAGGAAAUACACCAUUAUUUUGAAAUUCUGAAAAAUGUUAAUUUGGUAUAAUUCUGAGCAAAUUAAGCCUGGCUAUUGUUUUAGUUUAAAAUUUCGAGAUUUGCUGAUCCUAUAAUUUUGAUACCAGCAAUGUCUCAGAAGACCUCAUAGGCAUUAUCCUGUUCAUUGUGAUUUAUGGGAAGAACAGUACAUGAAGCAAAUUAAAUGCGAAGUAUUGGUUAGCAGGAUCAGAAACAAGAUUUUGCAAACCAGGGGUUCCCAACCUUUUUUAUGUCGUGGAGUUUACCAUCAACCGAGGGGUCUGUGGAUCCCAGGUUGGGAACUCCUGUGCCAGAUAAACAUUACAGAUCAGGCUUUGCAUGAGAAAUAGUUAAUACUCUGAGUUUUUUUCAUUUUUAGCACAUUUGCAAUCAUUACUUCAAAAACUUUUAGUUAAUUGGCAUAAUGAAGAAUAAGUUGCCCUUAUUGACUUCUCUAAAGUUUCCCUUCUUUAUUGACUCACCUGCAAUUACAAAUAGUUAUCUCUUUUGCAAUUAAGUUAUAAUUACUGUAGAAAACAAUGCAGAAAAAUGACAAAUGGUAGGGAGUGCUGACAGAGUAACAUGAGCAUCAAAUCUUACUCCAGAUUUAAUGGAGAAGCUUACUGGCAAAAUCAACCCUGAUGAGCCUGUAACACAGUGACUAAGUUAUUGUGCUGUUUUCCAGACUAAAUCUUGACUAGUGUCCUGAUCUGAAGUUCAGAUUUCACUCAUGCAUCUGAAAAAUUUAAAUUUAAUGCAAUUAGCUAAAUAAAUCUGGAAUAAAAACCUUGGUACCCACGAUGGCUAUCAUGAAACCCUUGGAUUGUCAUAAAAACAUAUCAAGUUCCAAUAAUGCCAUCCAGAGAAGGAAUUCUACCAUGAUUAUCAUAUAGAUCUAGUCCAUACUUGACUCCAGACUCUCUAGUGUGGGUGACUCUUAACUGCCUCAACAGCUCAAGAGCCAUCAAAAAUACCACCUUUGCAAGUGAAGUCCAUGUCCAAAUAAAUUCAAAAUAUGAAAGUGGUUACCUUUCACCUUGAAUGCAAUACAUAGGUCAUAGAACAGUAGAGCAGACGAACAGGCCCUUCAGCCCAUAAUGUUGAGUUGAAUCAGUUAAAUUAGUGAUCUAAACAAAUUCCCUUCUGCCUGCACAUGUCUAUAUCUUUCCAUUUCUCUCACAAUCAUGUGCCUAUCUAAACAUCUCUUAGUAAUCUCUAAUUCAUCUGCCUCUACCAUCACCCCAGGCAGUGCAUUUUAGGCAUCCACCACUGUCUGUGUAGAACACUUGCCCCUCACAUCUCCUUUAAAUUUGUCCCCUCUCACCUUAAAUAUAUGCCCUCUGGUAUAAGCCAUUUCAACCCUGGAUAGAAGGUCCUGUCUACUUACUCUAUCUAUGCCUCUCAUUAUCUUAUAAACCUCUAUCAGAUCUCUUUUCAGCUUCUGCCGCUCUAGAGAAAACAACCCAAGUUUGUCCAGCCUCUCGUUAUAGCACAUCCUCUAAUCCAGGCAACAUUCAGAUAAACCCUCUCUAAAGCCUUGUCAUCCUUCCUGGCCGACCAGAACUGUAUACAAUACUCCAGAUGCAGUCUAACUAGAGUUUAUAAAGCUGCAACAUAACUUCCUAACUUUUGAACUCAAUGCCUUGACUAAUAAAGGCAAACAUGCGAUUUGCCUACUUAACCACCCUGUCAAUCUAUGAAACCACUUUCAGGGUCAGGGAGCUAUGAACUUGUAUGCCAAGUUCGCACUGCUCAUCAACACUGUUAAAGGUCUUGCCCUAAGAGCGUACCCUGUCUUUACACCUUAUUUACCAAGGUGCAACACUUCACAUUUGGCUGGGUUGGACUCCGUCUGCCAUUCCUCUGCCCAUAUCUGCAACUGAUCUAUAUCCUGCUGUAUUUUUUGUCAGUCCUUUACACUAUCCACAACACUGCCAAUCUUCAUAUCAUCUGAAAACUUUAAACUUGACAGUAUAUAACCCAUCUAGAUUUUCAUCUCGGUCACUUAUGUAUAUCACAAUUAGGACAAAUCCCUGCAGAGCACCAGUAAACACGGACCUCCAGCUGGAAACACUCCCGUUGACCUCUACCCUCUGUCUUCUAUGGGCAAGCCAGUCCUGAAUCCAACCAGCCAAUUCACCAUGGAUCCCAUGCAUCUUAAUCUUCUGGAUCUUGCAAGAUCUUUUAAACAAUGACAUUACUGUCACAGUAACCAGUGGCAUGUGUACACAACCUAGUUGUUCUAAGGCUGUUAUUACAGAUCUUUCAUUGCUGAGUGGCAUAUACUGCAGCUGAAACCAGGCACAUUAUUUAGCUGGUUUAGUACUAAAACCCUUGAAUGUACAGCCACUAUAAUAGAUAGCUUAGGUCACUUUGUGACCUGCAUGGUUACUUCAUAUUUGACACAUCUGUCAAUUUGUGUUUCAAGUGUUAUGUCCUGGGUAAUUCUCUGCUUACAAAAAGAACACAUCAAAUACUUCCAGAUCUGAAGCACUGAAGACCAAGAUACUUUGCAGAGCAUUCUAAAUCUUUUACCUCAGAACUAUUUAUUUAUUACCUACAUCUUUUCACUUGUCCUUUCUUACUGCUUAUUCUGCUAUUUUUACAAAAUAACAUUGGUACGUUCCAAUGUAUGUCAUGACAGGUGCAUCUUAGAUAUAGCAUUGUAAUAUGAAUCGAUGUUCUGUGCAUAUAGCUUGGGACAAAAGACAAAAUAUAGAACUGCAUAAAUUCUAUAUAUUUAGUCACACUGGCCACUGAGUGCAGGUACAUAUAUUAUUCAAAGGUAGCUCUUCUUAUUCCAGGAGAUAAAAGGAUAAAAGUGAUGUACUAUCUGAAUAGUAGGUAUAAAGGAUUCCUUGUGGAAAAUAUGAUUUGCACUUGCAAAGCAUAUUUUGAAAUCUCAAUUUGUCCUAAAGAUUGUCGUCUCUCAAAUAAGGUACUUUGGAUAAUGUAGCCCUGGUAUUCUAUAACCUUCUGUUGUUGCACAGCAGUAAAAGUGAUUGAACAAUUUGUUGUACUCACUGAUGAACUAAUUAAUUCCAUGCUUCUUGGAACAUCACAUCAGCCAAUGGUAUACCAAAUGGUUAUGCCAAGUUGAAAAUUACGCAUGCGCCGGUCGAGCAUGCAACCGGUUACAGUUGCUCUAUAAUUUCUUACUUUUGAACUUUUUAACUUAGUUAUUUGUUGUAUUUUUUUUAUAACCAAUUUCCCCCGGGAUCAAUAAAGUAUGACUAUGACUAAAAGGGGCAGGGUCAAAAAUUUGAAUGUGUUGAUGGUUUUGGUUACCAAUAACUAUGAUAACCCAUUUGUUCAAAUCAGUUGAAUGUACCUGAAUAACAGGCACAACAAUACUGUCAAAUAUCUGUGUUAGACACAAUUCAAAGGUUUCAAUGGUACAUUUAGUGUCAGAGAAAUGUAUACAAUAUACAUCCUGAAAUGCUUUUUCUUUGCAAUCAUCCACGAAAACGGAGGAGUGCCCU